CCCUCCCCUCCGCCCUCCACUAUCCGCGCCCCUACGCCGUUACCGCCAAGCCAUGGCCGCAACCCCGCCGCCGCCCGACGCCUUCGCCUUCUCUUCUGACGGAGAGCUCUUCGCAGCCGUCUCCGGUCGGCGAAUCCAGGUAUGGAGUACAAGAGAAGGACAAAAGAUAGCAGGAUGGACUGAUCCAAUAGCAGCCCAUGAUGAUUCAUACAGUUGCAUUGCCUGCAGCUCUGUUCAGAAGAAGCACAAAAAGGAUGGCGACCUUAUUGUUGUUGCUGUUGGCACUGCAAAUGGUGUAGUUUUAGCUCUUGAUUCUACUGGUGUUAUAUGGAAAAGUGCUUGUCACACUGGCAAGGUCAUUUCUCUUCACUUUUCGAAACAAGGGUGUGUUCUUAUUACUGCUAGCAGGGAUGGAGUUAUAUGUGAAUUGGAUACUUGGACUGGAAAAUCCAAAGACACAUUAAAAGCUUCGAAAAAGUCAAUUAAUUCUUUGACAGUUUCUCAUGAUGAGAAGUUUAUGGUUGUCUCAGGUAAGACAACAAAACUAUAUAGUAUGAAGGACAAAAAAGAGAUUCUGAAGAUUCCUUCUGAUGAUGGCCCUAUCCAGCUGAUGUCUGUGUCCGAUGAAGCACACACAUUAGUUUCUUAUACUGACAAUAAUAAAGAAGUCAAAGUCUGGUCUUGUGAUCACCAAAAUUGCACUGUUGUUUCUACAGUCUCUCUUGCCAUGCAUACUCAGCCAAAGACAGUAGAGUGUAAAAGGAGCACAUCAUCUAAAGCCGGGGGAAUUGUUCUUGCAGUAUCAAAGAAAGGUGUGGCUUAUGUGUGGGAUUUGCAGACCCUUUCCCAAGAUGAAAUACUGCCCACCAAAAUUUCAGUAAAAAAAUCACUUGAUAAAAAGGGCCGUGUCCCAAUUAUUUUAGCCAAGUUAUGUGAUGUCAAAGAAGACAACACAAUUAAGGUUCAUGUUGUGUUUGGAUCACUAGACUGUUUACAGUUCAAGAUUGUUGUAUUGGGUGAGAAUUGUGAGGACAUCAACUUGGUUGCGGAAUCUGAUGCAUUAGCUUCAGAAGAGCAAGAUGCAAAAGUAAAUAACAAGAUGGAUGAUGAACAAGAUCGACAGGAGAAUACAAACCUCACUCGUCAAGGAAGACCAAACAAAAGGACAGCGUCUGUUUUGGAUUCUAUCACUGACACAGUCAAGGAGGUGAAUCCAGAGUAUAAUCUAGAUGAACCAACUAUGGAGCAGAAACUCGAGAGUCUAAAUUUGCUCAAUAAGUCUGAAUUCCUUGAAGAGCAAUCAGCCUCUCUGGCGCCGCCGAGUGCAGAUUCAGUCUAUAUUUUGCUGAAGCAAGCUUUGCGUGCUGAUGAUCACGCUGAAUUGCUGAAAUGCAUGUACAAUAGAGAUGAAAAGGUCAUUGUAAAGUCAGUAUCACUCCUAACGCCAGGAGAUGCCCUGAAGCUUCUCAAGUUCUUCGUGUCGUCAAUACAAUCUAGGGGUGCAAAGCUGGUUUGUUUGCUCCCGUGGCUUCAAACUUUACUUAGCCGGCACAUGAGCAGCAUCGUGUCACAGGAGUCUUCUCUGCUGUUGCUCAAUUCACUCUAUCAGCUUAUUGAUGCAAGAACGUCGACCUUCAAAUCAGCACUUCAACUCUCUACCACCCUUGAUUACCGGUUCAGUGAGAUUGCCGAUGAAGAAACUGACGAGGAAGAGGCGGCCGCACCGAUUAUCUAUGAGGACAAGGACACAGAGGACGAAGAAUCUGACAUCGAUGCUAUGGAAACCGAUGAGGAGAGUGAAGAGCUUGGCGAUGUUACUGAUGCCCUAAGGCAUUCAGAUGGAAGUGAGAGAGUAUUAUGAGCGACUGACCUGUAGACUCUUCUAGGAAUGAGCUCUCAAUCAUCCUUUUCGGGUCUUGCUAAAAAAUCAUCUGUAAAAGGUAGGAGCUCGAAAGCUGAUGGUGUAUACGAGGCUGCUAUAUGUUGCUGGAUAAAGUUCUGAGAGCCUCAGAUUUUCAUGGAAAACCCAGCUAGGCUUGUACUAUCUUAAGCAUCGAGCAUUUGAAAUGGCAUUUCAUUUGCGAGAUGACAAUUUACACACCUGUCAUAAUACCCCAUCCGUCCCAAAAUAAGCGUCUUGACCUUAGUGCAACUUUUUACUAAACUUAGUACAAAGUUGAUACACUUAUUUUGAGACGGAGCGAGUAUGUUUUUUUACAUCUAGCAUAAUAUGCGCAUUUCAUGAAAAUUACAUAUGGGACAGU